GCCUCUAAACAACCAUCCCCAUCCCUUUCUGCCUCGCCUCGCCUCGCCUCGUCGACAAACGACACCAAAACCCGGGCGCAAACACGCGCAACCCCGCGCCGCCGCCGCCGCCGUCGCGGCCAUCCCCCUAGCCCAAAAUGGUCGUCUACUCCUUCUACAUCUUCGACCGCCACACGGAAUGCAUCUACUCAAAAACCUGGCUCCCCGCCGAGCGUCCGCCAUCCCAACAACCCCCCUCCUCCGCCGGAACGGGCGCCGCACCGCCAUCAUCACAGCAGCUCGGCCGCCGCAGCCAGGUAAACUCGGCCAAGGACGACGCCAAGCUCAUCUUUGGCACGGUAUUCUCCCUCCGCAACAUGGUCCGCAAGCUCGGCGGGGACGACGACGCCUUCAUCAGCUACCGCACCUCGGCCUACAAGCUCCACUACUACGAGACGCCCUCGAACCUGCGCUUCGUCAUGCUUACUGAUACGGCGACGCUGAGUAUGCGGAAUGUGCUGCAUCAGAUUUAUAUCAACCUCUGGGUUGAGUAUGUCGUCAAGAACCCUCUAGCACCGGCAGAACACAAGGGCGGCGAAGGCGUCAAGAACGAACUUUUCGAGCUUGGUCUGGAUCAAUUCGUCAGGGGCCUGAUGUGAAGGAUACCGUCCUUGCUGUUUGGCAGACGGAUUAAAACACACAAAGAACAAGAAAACACCAAACUCAGAAAAGAGGCAAUGCGUGAGCGGAUACCCUUCAUACUGUGGUGGGGGAGGG